AGAAACACUGGACGUUUAUUGAGCUGCAAGAUUUGUUCAAACAUUAUUUAUCUAGAAUGAAACGUUUUGGGAUUUUAGUGAUUUUGGUUCUCUUGUUCUGCGCAGAGUUUCAAAUGAUUCCUGCUUUCCCUGGCGGUACAAAAGAUGUGUCAGGAGAAGCGAAUAAGGAAAGUAAGGAGGUCUCCCUGGAGGACAGUCACGAGGAAAGUGCCCAAAAAGAUACUUCUAGAAACAAAAGAUCUUUUGAAGAAACAUCUUCAGAAAAGUCAUCUGAAGAAUACGCAGAAACAUCACCUGAAAUACCUUUCGAAACAUUCUUUCGUGGAACGAUAGGUUGUGGCGAGAAACCUGACCUCUACACAGGACCUUGUGCUUAUUGUGAAUGCAUAGGUUUUGAUUGGGAGUGUUUCGUUGCAGAUUGUGGGGAGGUGCAAUGUGUGGAUGGCUAUAGACCUGAAGGAGAAUGUUGUGUUGAAUGUCCUAAUGGUCCAAACUGUUUGUAUAACGACCGAAUAAUCUCAGUGGGCGAGUCAUUUUUUAAUGACGAUGGCGAGUCUUGCACUUGUCAGGAGACUGACAUUUGGACUGAAGCUCCAGAAAUACAGUGUGCAUAAGUUGAGGACGAAUCUAGAUACCUAAAGGCUAAAGACAUCACUGACUGUCUCACUCUUAUUCUAACAUCUACAGAUGUUUUUUUCUUUACCAUAUCCUUAGAAUUACUUCAAUGUGUUAGCAUGCUUCAGAUACUAUAAACUGUCCAUUUAGAUAAACUUUAAUAUGAUUUAUAAUUAUAUGAUUAAGUUCAUUGGUGGUGUCUCUACAACUUUCACAUUUAAAUAGUCAACUUUGAUUCCCUGUAAUUAGGUACAUACAAUUGACUUAUUUCUAAUGGGUUACUUCUUGUAGUCAACUACAAUCAAGAGUUGUUUUUGGGGGGCUUAGAAAUAAAGACACAAAACUUUU